ACUUCCAACUGUGGCCAGGUUCGGACGAGUCGAAUUCCAUGACAGGAGUCACGGGAGAGCCACAAGUUCGGCAGUGUCCAGGAGGGAGGGCCAGGUGAGAGGUGUGUCAGUGCCGCUUACCACCUCGUCCAACAGCGUCCAGUGCCACCUCUUGCCCCCCACCCCUGAUCUACCCACUAGUAUUACUGUGUUGUUCACCUGUGUUAUAUUUAAGGACUCGUCUGCGCUUGUGUUGAUAGAUAAAUAUAAACAAGGCAAGGAAUCUUCCCAUUUGUGGAGAUGUGUCACCGUGCUGGACUAUGGUACACCCUCCCUCUUGUCAAGAUGUGUGUCAUUGUCCUUCUCUGUGAUACACCUUCCCUCUUGUGAGAGGACGUGUGUUGUUGCCCUAACGGUCUAACCUGUUGGUGGCGCUCAGUGUUGCUGUUCUGUGAUUCAUUAUCUUAUAAAGACCUGUGUUGCUGCCCUAUGAUACACCAUCUUGUCAAGACCAGUGUUGCUGCCCUGUGAUACAUCAUCUUGUCAAGAUCAGUGUUGCUGCCCUGCUGUACAUCUUGUCAAGACCAGUGUUGCUGCCCUGUCCUUGUCUACAAGGCUUCACCACACAGAACAUGGGUUGAUGAUGCUUCCAUAACAUUUGAAGCUUCAGCUACGGAGUGCAUUGCACAACCAUCAAUCAAGCAAAGACUUGGCAAGAUCAGCAACAUGGGGUGCGGUCUCAGUGCUGAGGCUGCGGGCAGCGUACCAGUUCCUACUAACCCUGAUGAAGCCCUACAAUUCGCCGUCCAGAAGAAUGACACCGAGGCCCUGGAAAGAGCCCUGACCCAGGCCAACGUUAACAAGCGUUUCAGGGACCCUGAAACCGGGUAUGACUACACUGCUCUUCAUAUGGCUGCCAAGAUGGGCAACGCUGAUGCUAUCAACGCACUAAUCAAGGCCGGAGCCAGACACCAAGAGCUGGACAGUCGUGGACUGGUGCCUCUCCAUAUUGCUGCUAAAUAUGACCAACCCGACGCUAUUGCCGCCCUAGUGCAGAAUGGGUCACCGCUGGAUAUAGUGAGUCAUGAUCGCUCUACUCCUCUCAAACUCGCCAUCAAGAACAAGUGUGCCCAGUCACUCGCCAAGCUCAUUGAGCUUGGUGUAAACGUGGACGCCACAGCCAACAACAUGGAGCCACCACUUGUCAUAGCGGUCAGAGCUGAUAAUGCGGAUGCCGUCGUCGCUCUUCUGCAGGCCAAUGCAAAAUACGAAGGAUUGAUGAUCCCAGUCAAGAACAGCCCAGAGAGUCUGGAUCUGCUGACAUGGGCCACCAGGAAUGGUCAUACUGAUGUCGAGACUAUCAUCGUGAAUAUGAAGGCAGAGAACGAGGAGGAAGGAGGCAUUGAAGGUGGAAAUGAAGUAGAAAAUGUAGGGGAUGUCAUUGCUACUGAAAAAGAAGGUAAGGAGCCAGAGACUGACUCGACCAGAGAGGCAGGUGAUGGUGCUGAGGAGGUGGCGGAGACUACUGAUCCCACCAUGGUGGAAGACGCACCGGCAGAUGACGCACCAGCAAGUGAUAGGCCGCUAGAAGAUACAGCAGCAGAAGACGCACCAGCAGAAGACGCACCAGCAGAAGGCGCACCAGCUGAAGAUGCACCAGCUGAAGACGCACCAGCGGAAGAUGCACCAGCGGAAGAUGCACCAGAGGAAGACGCGCCUCCGGAGGAUGCUCCUGCUGAAGACGCGCCAGUAGAAGACGCACCAGCAGAAGAUGCACCAGCAGGAGAUGCACCAGCAGGAGAUGCACUGGCAGAAGACGCACCGGCAGAAGAUGCACCGGUAGAUGCCCCUGCAGAAGAUGUAGCCGCGGAAGAGGCACCAGGUGAAGAGGCACCAGGUGAAGAGGCACCAGCCGAGGCUGAAACAAACGAGGGCCCAGUCGGGGAGGUGAGUGCAGAAUAAAUAUGAUACCCGCCUCGGAUAAGGGCGCCCUCUGGCGGGUUCCUGCACUUCCCUUCAACUGAAUUCAUAAUGUAAUAUGAAGGAUUAAUACUGAUUAUUAUAAAAGAUAUUCAGUUAAAACUUACUGCAUAUUAGUAAACACUUCAACCUAAUACUUUCAAUGCUUUCUUUUUAUGUCAAAUUCUACACUUAUUGUCCUGGUUGCUCUGCUGUGGAUGGCAUCUGAGAUGUAAAUAAACACCUUAGAUGGCAGCAUUUCUCAGCUCGCUUCAUUACGUUAUCUCGAAAUUUUCCUUAGA